AUGCUCAACCUGCCUGUUCUAACCUGCUGUGUUCUAGGAGCACUUUCCGUGCUUUCCUCCUCCCAUGAGAUUUCUGAGAAUUCUAAGAACGGCCUGAUCACCUCCUCCCUGAUUCAAGCUUCCUCUACUGGUGCUACUGGCAGUAGUGAUGCAUCCCGCAUCCCCCUCCUCCACCACUCCUCCCGCUCUCUGCUUCAGCUGCGCCACUGUGCCGCCCAGGCCUGUCCGCCCUACCUCUGCUGCUCCUCCUCCUUCGGCUGUGGCCUCGGCUCCGCCUGCCUCACUGACUGCCUCUCCGGCCCCUGCGAAACCGCUGGUAACACGGUUACCAGUAACAGCGUCACUGGUAACAGUGCUGCUGGUACUGGUAACACUGUAGAUGGUGCCACUGCUGAUGGUAGUACCACUGGUGGUGGUGGUAACCCUAGGGGGCCUCGGUUACAACCCCCUGUGUGCUGCACCGCUGCUGCCUGUGACCUUGCUCCUAUUAUGUGUGGUUCAGGGUGCAUCUCAGGUCCCUGCUUCCCACGUGACUAUCUACACAGGGCAACGGAUGGGUUCUCUGUGGACAAUAAAAUAGGAGAGGGGGCAUUUGGGACAGUCUACCGUGCACUUGCUAUUCCUGUUGCUGAUUUACUAGGCGCCACGUCAGGAAGAAGGAGAGGAAGGAACACAAAAGCUUCUGGGAAGGGGGUGGAAGGAGGUGGGGUGCGGAAUGAGGAGUUGUGGGCGGUGAAGAGGGCGAAGAGAGGGAGCAUGGGACCAGGAGGGGCGUUCGAGCGAGAGGUGCGGACCAUCUGGCGUUUGAACCGCCGCAGUCUGGUGUCGGUCAUUGGCUGGUGUGCAGAGCAAGGGGAGCAGCUGCUGGUGUACGAGCUCGUUUCCAAUGUUUCAUGUGCGGUUCAAUGCGGUUUCCUCCACCACCAGGUGCGGACCAUCUGGCGUUUGAACCACCGCAGUCUGGUGUCGCUCAUCGGGUGGUGCGCAGAGCAAGGCGAGCAGCUGCUGGUGUACGAGCUCGUUUCCAAUGUUUCAUGUGCGGUUCAAUGCGGUUCCCCCCACCACCAGGUGCGGACCAUCUGGCGUUUGAACCACCGCAGUCUGGUGUCGCUCAUUGGGUGGUGCGCAGAGCAAGGCGAGCAGCUGUUAGUGUACGAGUUUGUGCCCAACGGCAACCUCUAUGAGGCUCUGCACGAGCAAGGGGAGCAGCUGCUGGUGUACGGGUUUGUGCCCAACGGCAACCUCUAUGAGGCUCUGCACAGUAUGUGCUGGCUCAGAGGUGAAGGAAGUGCGUGCAAUGAGUAUGGCAGUGUGAUUGCUGUGAUGUGCGAUUGCUACAUGUGGGUGUGUGCGAGUGUGCAGCCCCCCACUGGAUCUCCAAGGGCCUGA